UUCCAGGGCUCAGGAUGGGGAUGGAGCCCGGGGGUGAGGGUCAGUGCUGCUCCCUGCACGCUGUACAUCCCCCCCCCCCAAACCUCCGCUACCCUGGGUUUGUGCCAGCGGGUGAGGGAGGGCGGCGGCGCUCCUGUCAUGUGGUUUCAUAUCCCCUGGACUCAUUUCCAAAAAAGCAUUUCCUCCUGCUGUGGUUGGGUGUAAAAGCCUGUGUGGGGAGGGCUGGCGCUCACUCACCACGCGUCGCGUGCUGCUGGCGGUGGCCAUGGGGUGCUGGGGCACCCUGCCUGAGCACUGAGCUGCCCUGACACCCAACCGCGCCCGCCACCCUGGUCCCCUCACUGCCCUGGCAUGAACCAACCACAUCGGCCACAAGGAUGAAGUGUUGCUGCCCUGGGGUGGCUUGGGUGAGUGUGCCGGCAUGCGGGUCCUGUGGAGCCCUGGCACCAGCUGUGGGGUGCCCCAGGGCCGUGGCUGAAAUGGGUCUGGAGGAGGGAGGGAGGAAGGUGGAGUAACUCCAGUGCCAAACGUGCCAAACACGCUUGCCCCUCUGGCUAACAUCUGGGACUGGUCUCUGCUGCACCGAAGCACCCGUGGUGUGGCUUGGCUACAGGGGCCACAGGCAUGGCACAGCCACGAAGAUCGCGGACACGGACACAAUGCGGUCGUGGAGAGUGUGGGCUCAGUCACGGGGCAGCAGGUAGGGCAGUGCCACGAGGACCGGCUGUGCCGACAGCCCGCGGGAUCGGGUCACGCUGCCGGCGGUGGGGCUGCCCUCGGGGCUGGGGAGUGGCUGUCCCGGCACUCGGAUGAGGGGAGCAGAGGCCGCGCCGUGGGCGGGAGCAGCGCUGGCGGUGGAAAGCGGUGUCUGUGCCCACCCGCAGCCGGCCACAGGCGUGCCCGCCGCUGCUCCGCGCCCACCGCUCCCCUGCCCGCCGGGCACCUGCUCCCCGCGCCGGCCGGGGGCUGCAGGGGGGCUGCAGGGGGGCUGCAGGGGGGCUGCGGGCAGGGUGUGCUGACGGGGCCGUGCCUCGGCGCUGACUCAGACGUGCCGCUGGCAGCCGGGGCUGCGGCAGCCGCCCUGCUCUGCGGGCGGGCGGCCCAGCGCGGUUUCCAGUCUGCCGGUGGCGGCGGGUUUAGCAGAAAAUGAUUCAGCUGCAGUAAUCGGGGCCAUCACGGCUGGGAAAUCCAGCCCCCAGCGAGGAAUCCCCUGGUUCCCUGCCCACACUACCAGCGCCACGGCCCUCCCGGGUCCCUGCCCUGCCCGUGGAAGGGGUAUCAGCGUGGGCACCUCCUCGCCGCCCCCCCGGGGCUGUCUGGGCAGAGGGGCUGCCCUGCGUGUAGCACCUGGCACCCCGCGGGGGAGCUGUGACCUACUUUGAGACGCGCACACAAGGCGUGAUAGCAUCGGGGAGAGCGUGAGCCAGGCACGGCUUCCUCUCGGGGCGGAAAUCACCUCCUCUGCGAGGGAGAUAAACCCCAGGAAAGUUUAAGCUGGCAGAGUUAACCCCCCCCGCGCCUGGCUGCCGACAACUCCCUGGACCUGCAAUCCAUGGCACCACCAGCAGCGCGCCCGACUCACUCGUCCCCAUCCCUGGGGACACGGCAGGGCUCCUGUCGUCGCAGGUGGUCGAGCUUCCCGGCACCACUCCCCAACCAGCCUGGAAGCACCCUUUGCAGAGCGCACAGGGGCACCUGACAGCAGCCAUCUGGGCACAGGUCGUGGUACAGUGGCCCCCACAGGGCCAGCAGGAAGUGGCUUGCUCUUGUAGGGCGGGAAAGGCAGUGCACAGGGGCUGCCACGGGGCAUUCCCUGCCCUGAGGCAGCACACCCGCGCAGCUCAAGGGCACAGGGCCACCAAUCCAGCCAUUCUGCCCUGCACAGGCACUGGUGUCCACAUGGUACUGGACCUGGCUCUGGCUCCAGUAGCCCAUCAUAUGUGGCUGGGAGUGGAGCAUGGUGUGAGGGCCAUCACCCAUGGGUCCACGGCUCCUGGGGCACCCUGGCUGCCCGCAGCCCUGCUCUCUCUUUGCCCACAGGUGAUCCUGGCAGUGCUGGGGCUGGCAGCCAGCAAAUCACAGCCCCCAGGGUGGCAGAACCACACCGUGCUGCGAGGACAGCGGGUCCUGGUGCAGCCACUCACCCGCCUGCGGAGACAUGCCACCAGACACCCCUGCCCUGCUGGCAUGAACUGGAUCGAGCGUACUCACCAGUGCUGUCGCCAGUGUCCUGCAGGGACAUACCUGCACAAGCCCUGCACAAGCCACAACGACAGGGUCUGCAAUCCCUGUCCCAUCGGGACCUUCCGCUCCCAGCCCAACACCUUGACAGAGUGCCAGGCUUGCUACGAGUGUGACCGACAAGCUUUCCAGAGUGUUCUGAGCAACUGCUCGGCCACCAGCAACGUUGCCUGUGGCUGUGAGCCCGGAUACUUCCGUGACUGCCUCGACAAGAGCUGCAGCGAGUUCUCAUGUCGGAAGUGCCAGCCCUGCACUGGGCGCCUCAUCCAGCAGCCCUGCUCAGAGACUCAGGACACACUCUGUGAGAGCAGCUGCAAGCCUGACUUCUACACCGAGGGCAACGAGUGCCGGCCGUGCCACAUGAGCACCCUGGACACGUGCAGCAAAGAGUGCCAGCAAGUGUGUGGCAGCAGCAGCAGUGGCCAAGACUCAGGUCUGGAGUACAUCCUGCUGGGACUCACCGGGCCCCUCUUCCUGGGUGCCCUUGCCAUCUACCACAAGAGGAAGAGGCUCCGGCACGAUGCCCUGGCACCUGGUCCCCUGCCCACAGCACAGGCAGGCACCUCCAUGGCUGGGGCUGUGGCCGCACCAUGGUGCCAGUUCAGUGUCCCAGGGUGGAACAGCCUGUGCUGGACCCAGCCGUGCUCCCCACAGGGGACAGAUCGUGCCACUGUCAUGGUGAGGCAGAGCCCCAAGCAGCAGGCCCUGCUGCGUGAGCAGCUCAGCGACGAGGAGGAGCCCUCUGCCCCACCGGAGCCCCGCAGUGCCCUGCUGCAGGGCAGCCAGCUCUAUGCUGUCAUCGACGCUGUGCCAGUACGGCGUUGGAAGGAGUUCAUGCGGAUGCUGGAGCUGCGGGAGGCGGAGAUUGAGCUGGUAGAGCUGGAGGUGGCCCACAUCCGUGACCAGCAGUAUGAGAUGCUGAAGCGCUGGUGCCAGCAGACCAGCGCCACGCUGGACCGUGUCUUUGCUGCGCUGGAGCGCAUGGAGCUGGCCGGCUGCGCCGAGGCCCUGCGCCAGAGCCUGCCAGCGGGGCCCUAGCCCCCAGCGUCACCCCAUGGCACAGGGAGGUCCUGGCACCUUCACAUCUCACUGGGCACCUCUGCUGUGCCAUACCCCUAAGUAUUGUUACUUAUGCCGUGUAGACAUUUUAUGUCACUUUUAUGUCCCCUUCCUACCCACUGUCCCCCUCUAUUUAUGUCCCCCUGCUCCCAGGGCUAGGAGGGACCCCACGCCCCAGCAGGUCGGCUGCCUGGCCACUCGCAGGACGAGCGGGCACCGAGCCCACUGCAAACCCAUGGGACAGUUCUCAAGGCUGCCCGCUGCCGGGCGUGCCUGUGCUCACCCCAAUAAAGUGGCGUGUUUUCCA